UAGCGGUGCCGGAGCUCCGCGCUGCGCUGACAACUGGCUGCAGCUGGGCCGUUCUCACUUUCAUUUAGCCCAGCGCUCGAUGGAGGGGCGGACACGCCAGUGCUUAAUGCAGUCUAACUAGUGUAGGAAAACGCCUCAAUUCACCGCUGCCGAGAUGAAGUAUAAGAAUCUUAUGGCAAGGGCCUUGUACGACAACGUCCCAGAGUGUGCUGAGGAGCUGGCCUUUCGCAAGGGAGACAUCCUGACUGUCAUAGAGCAGAACACAGGAGGACUGGAAGGAUGGUGGCUCUGCUCCUUACACGGUCGGCAAGGCAUUGUCCCGGGCAACCGGGUGAAGCUUCUGAUUGGCCCCGUGCAGGAGACCUCCUCCAGUCAGGACCCGCCUACUUCUGGACUGAUGCACCAGCCCUUUGGCCAACAGAAGCUCUAUCAAAUGCCAAACCUCCAGGGCGCCCCUCGAGACACCAUCUACCAAGUGCCACCUUCCUACCAAAGUCAGGGAAUUUACCAAGUACCCACUGGCCAUGGUACCCAGGAAAAAGAUGUGUAUCAAGUCCCACCAUCAGUGCAGAGAGGCAUUGCAGGGGCUAAUGGUCCCCACUUAAGUAAAAAGGUGAUCACGCCGAUGAGGACAGGCCACGGCUAUGUGUACGAGUACCCGUCCAGAUACCAAAAGGACGUCUAUGAUGUCCCUCCUUCCCAGACCGCUCACGGGGUGUACGACAUCCCACCGUCGUCUGUGAAAGGCCCCGUGUUCUCAGUCCCAGUGGGAGAGAUAAAACCUCAAGGGGUCUAUGACAUCCCUCCUACCAAAGGGGGAUACGCCAUUCCACCUCCUGCCUGCAGAGAUGAGGCCGGGCUUAGGGAGAAAGAAUACGACUUCCCCCCUCCGAUGAGACACGCCGGCCGGCCCGACGGCAGACCCGAGGGCGUUUAUGACAUCCCCCCAGCCGGCACCAAGCCCCUGGGGAAGGACCUUCACGCUAAAUAUAAUGGCGACGCUGCAGCGGAGCUGGCGGCACGGAGACACCAAAGCAUUUACCUGAGCCACCCGGCCCCGCAGCUGCGCCAGCCCGGGGGCUCCCAGAACGACGCCUACGAUGUCCCCCGGGGGGUCCAGUUUCUGGCACCGCCCGCAGAAGCCGGCGGGAAAGCAAACCUCGAAGAGAGAGACGGGGUUUACGACGUGCCGCUGCGCAACCCGCCGGACGCCAAAGGCUCCCAGGAUGUGGUGGACGGCAUCAACCGGCUGUCCUUCUCCAGCACCGGCAGCACCAUGUCCACGUCCUCCACCACCUCGAAGGAAUCUUCGCUGUCUGCCUCCCCGUCCCAGGACAGAAGGCUCUUCCUGGAUCCAGACACGGCCAUUGAGAGGCUCCACCGGCUGCAGCAGGCCCUGGAGAUGGGCGUCUCGGGCCUGAUGGCGCUGGUCACCACCGACUGGCGGGGCUAUGGGUACAUGGAGCGACACGUCAACGAGGUCCGCGCCGCUGUGGACAGGGUGGAGCUGGCCCUGAGGGACUACCUGCACUUCGCCAAGGGGGCCACGGCCAACGCCUCCUGCCUGCCGGAGCCCCCCCUCCACAACAAGAUGAAGCGGGAGCUCCAGAGGCUGGAGGACUCCCAUCAGAUCCUGAGCCAGACCAGCCAUGACUUAAACGAGUGCAGCUGGUCCCUGAACGUUCUGGCCGUCAACAAGCCCCAAAACAAAUGGGAUGACCUGGACCGGUUCGUGAUGGUGGCAAAGACAGUGCCAGACGAUGCCAAGCAGCUGACCACGACCAUCAACACCAACGCGGAGGCCCUCUUCAAGCCGGGCCCUGGCAGCUCGCAUGGGAAGAGCGGGCCUGAGAGCAUCACGAACUCCGCGGAGUGCCCACACGCCGGCUCCCAGGUACAGCGGCUGCAUCCCGGGGACCACAAGGCUCCAGCCCUCAACAAGCCACUGCCCCCAAGCCUGGGCAAGGACCAGCCCCCUGACUGUAGCAGCAGUGACGGCUCGGAACGGAGCUGGAUGGAUGAUUACGACUAUGUCCACCUCCAGGGUAAGGAGGAGUUUGAGAGGCAACAGAAGGAGCUCUUGGAAAAAGAAAACAUCAUCAAACAGAACAAGAUGCAGCUGGAACAUCAUCAGCUGAGUCAGUUCCAGUUGUUGGAACAAGAAAUCACAAAGCCCGUGGAGAACGACAUCUCCAAGUGGAAGCCCUCCCAGAGCCUCCCAAGUACCAGCAGCGGCGUGGGCGCGCAGGACAGGCAGCUGCUGUGCUUCUACUACGACCAGUGUGAGACCCAUUACAUCUCCCUCCUCAACGCCAUUGACGCGCUCUUCAGCUGCCUCAGCUCGGCACAGCCCCCACGGAUCUUCGUGGCACACAGCAAGUUCGUCAUCCUCAGCGCCCACAAACUGGUGUUCAUCGGAGACACGCUGACGAGGCAGGUGGCCGCCCAGGACGUUCGCAACAAAGUGAUGAACUCCAGCAACCAGCUCUGCGAGCAGCUCAAGACUAUAGUUUUGGCGACCAAGACGGCCGCGCUCCAUUACCCCAGCACCUCCGCCCUGCAGGAGAUGGUCCACCAGGUGACCGACCUGUCCAGGAACGCGCAGCUCUUCAAGCACUCUUUGCUGGAGAUGGCGACAUUCUGAGCAGCAAAAGAGAGACUGACUUGGAUUACUGAGGAAAACUGGAAAUACUCUCUGGUUUUUGUAAAUCUUAUCUAUUUUUGUAGAUAUUUUAUAUGAAAAUGAAAUAUUUUAACACUUGAUGGGUUAGACGACAUUCAGAAAUUCAGGGAACUCUGGGGAACUUUUUUUUCCCUGCGUGGUUCUUGUGUACACAUCUAAGCAUCUAAGACGUCAACUGUACAGAAUCCUGUCCGUGUGUGUGUAUGACUGUGUGUUCAUGUUCGUUCAUAGAUGUUUGUCUGAUACAUUCCAUUGAAAACCAUGAAUUAAGAAGGACCUUAGUAAGUACCUCCUAAUGCUGCAUUUUUUUUUUUUAGAAAACAUACCAGCUGGUUGUAAUAUUGCUCUACAUAUACUAGCAAUUAUUCUGAGCCUGUCACUCCCAAGUCUGGGAAGCACAGUAUAUUUGCAGGUGUGCACCUUCCAGUAAGGAGGCAUGCUAUGCCUUGUUUUUGUUGUUGAAACCCCUUCCAAAACUGGCUGUCUUGGGCGCGUUAUUGCAAGAUGCCUCAUUUCUGGUUGAAAAAGCCCUCUUAGAAAGUUUCAGAAAGUAUACGUUAAUCCAAACUCUGACGUGUUAGGUGCUGGAGGAGUGACACGUGUACUUAGGGGCCAUGUCCCCACUUAGGGUUGUUUCAGCAAUGGAGAGGACGUGUUUCCGCAAGGCUUUUUACUCAUUGGCAUUUAUGAGUGACUUGGCCAUGCGAUUUUCCAAAGGAUGUUUUUAGAUUUGCAAAAAAAUAUAUUAUUUGCAGCAGGAAUUCAUAAAGACACAUCAGACUAUGACCAUCCACAAAAGGAAGGAUGGGCCCAUCUGCCAGUUGUAAGUAGGGGCCUUUCUGACUCUCAACAUUCCCUUAGGUGCUACUACCCCAUUACCUGAGGGAAACUGGCCAGUUCCUUGAUCACCGAAACAUUAGAGCCACAGGCCACAUCCCACUCUAAGCGAAUCCGGUGCUUGAUCCUGUAGCCUCCCUAAAACAUGCAAAUGCAGACCCAGCACUCAGAGCAGCCGUAUGGAGCCCAUCUAGGCGUCACAGCUCUGUCUGGCCAAUGACCCUGUGCACACUGCUCACCACCGUCUCCCAGCUCGGCACAGCAUCCGUCCGUUCCACAGUCUGUCCUCUCGUACCUGCUGGGGUCGGCACAGCACAAACACACCACAAGCCGUCAGAUUCAUCACGCUUCUUACCCCAGGGGGUGAAUGUAGUCACAUAUUACCAAGUCAAGGAGCAAAUUACGGUUUUUAUUUAAUAAUGCUAUUCCAGCCGACUGGCAAACAUUUUGGUUUGCGAUAUAUGCCUUGACUUAAUUGAGCUUGCUUGUUUGAAACAACCAAAUCAUUGGAACAGGAAAGGAUUUAGGCGAGAAGGAUGCGUGAUCUAAGUGGGAUACGAAAUAAUCAGUGAAGCACCCUAGAAGUGCUUUGACUCAGAACCACCGCUCUCGUGGGUCUUGAUGUUCUGCUGUGCCAGAUGCAGCUGUAUGGUUACAAGAAAGAAAGCGCGCGCGAAGCAAGAAGCAGGUUGCGGAAGAGCAGCGGAGAGGAGGCUGAAAAGCGCCCUUGUAGAUUUCAUUGUCCGAUGUGCAUCUCUUAGGAGAUGGCAGACUUGAGCAAAGUGGUGACAUUUCACGUGCUCCGAACCAAAAUGUUCAAUCUGUAUCUCUCUCUCCCACAUUGUAUAUACAGGCUGUUUUCAAAUCAUUAAAAUUUUAGAUGUCUGUUUUCA